UGGGGUAGAGAGGCCGACAGAGCAGGAGUCGUCCGCUUGUCGUGGAGGCUACUAGGGAGCCGGCGAGAGGGUGAGCGGGCGAGUAGGCGAGCGAGCUAGAGCAGGCAGGAGGGAGCGUCGCGCAGCGCAGAGGAGCGCCAGGGCCGGGCCGCGGCGGAACCCACAGCCGGAGAGGGGCAGCCCGAGCCGGGCGCCGCGGGGUCCCCACCCCCACUCGGCCGGACAGUGCCCGGUGUUCCCCCGUGCGGGGGGCGGCGGCGGCGGCUGACGGGACCCGACAGCACCGCGGGGGUGUUGCCACCUCCACCGAGGAGCCGGUGCGGCCGCGGGCUCCUCAGAGCCGGGGCCCCGGGCCCGUGACAGACGGGCCGAGGAAGGGAGAGAGGCGGCGGCGGCGCAGGCGACGGGGAGGCAGCGGCGACACCAUGUCAUCCCCCAGUCCGGGCAAGAGGCGGAUGGACACGGACGUGGUCAAGCUCAUUGAGAGUAAGCAUGAGGUUACAAUCCUGGGAGGCCUCAAUGAAUUUGUAGUGAAGUUUUAUGGACCACAAGGAACACCAUAUGAAGGCGGAGUAUGGAAAGUUAGAGUGGAUCUUCCUGAUAAAUACCCUUUCAAAUCUCCAUCUAUAGGAUUCAUGAAUAAAAUUUUCCAUCCCAACAUUGAUGAAGCGUCAGGAACUGUGUGUCUAGAUGUAAUUAAUCAAACUUGGACAGCUCUCUAUGAUCUUACCAAUAUAUUUGAGUCCUUCCUGCCCCAGUUGUUGGCCUAUCCUAACCCCAUAGAUCCUCUCAAUGGUGACGCUGCAGCCAUGUACCUCCACCGACCAGAAGAAUACAAGCAGAAAAUUAAAGAGUACAUCCAGAAAUAUGCAACGGAGGAGGCGCUGAAAGAGCAGGAAGAGGGCACCGGUGACAGCUCAUCGGAGAGUUCUAUGUCUGACUUUUCGGAAGAUGAGGCCCAGGAUAUGGAGUUGUAGUAGAAGAAGCAUCUGCUUUUCAGAAAGACUAUUAUUUCCUAACCAUGAGAAGCAGACUAUAAUAUUCAUAUUUAAACAAAGCAAUUUUUUUUAUUACUAAACAAGGUUUUUAUGAAUAAUAGCAUUGAUAUAUAUAUAUUAUAUAUCACCCUUUAGAUCUUGAUUUCUUGGUCAUUUCUCAACCUGAGGUGCAUAGCAUAUUCCCACAUUCCAUUUUGGUAGCAAUAUGCGGUCUGAAUGCAUGCAUUCAUAAGUCCAUUUGGCCAAGUCAGCCUGUAUGCUACUGAACUGUUGAAAGAAAUAGCCGCUCUGAUAGAUAGACGUGAGUAAAAAUAACAAGAAAAAGUUGCUUCUUUUAUUGAUGGUUCCAAAGAAACAAACCAAACCAACCAGUUCUUGGACAUGAAGAUAGAAUAGUGCUUUUUCUAAAUGGAAAGGAAAAAAAUGGGGAGGAAAAGCCCUGCUGUGGGAGUAUUUAGAGCCAGCCCCGUCAGAAUCAGAGCUGCUCCUUCCUGUGAAUCCUAGGUGGCCCCAUUUCUGUGGAGUAACAGUAUAAAGCAGGGAGCUAAUUGGAGUAUUGAAACUUAAACCAAUUUUUUUGACUCAGAUUUUAAGUACAUUUUUAUAUGUAGAUUCCUGCCCUUCUUGCUGCGAGGCCCUGCAGCCACAAGUGUUUGCUUUGGAGAACCUUUUGAAAGUUUUCUGAACCUGAUUCUUUUUCUUGGGUAGAGCUUGUAAUCCAGACCUUUUUUGAGAGGACAGGACAGGAGGAGAACAGUGACUGGGAAGAUGUUUCCUCUCAUCCAGCACGUGCAGAGUCACAUCCUCAUCCUGUUGUUGGCCACUUUGAGACCGCUACCCUGGACGAAGAGCUUUAAAUUUGAAGGUGGUUUUGUUUUGAGGUUUUUUUUUUCUUUUUUUUCGGCGUGUGUGUGAAUUGUGCUUAGACAGGUUGCAGAUUUAAUCUUCACCUACCAAGAGAUGGCCGCCUCCUCGGACAGCCGCUCAGUGGACCGUGAGCCUCGGGAAGAAGACCCGUCUGGCGGCGGGGACUCCUGGGUACUCUCAUUCAUGCUUGGUUUUGUUCGCCCAU